AUGGCCGACAUUCAACACUCUCAUCAAGAGAGCAUUUCGCCUGCGGGCGAGGAGAAGCGCGUCCAAGGUUCCUCCUCCUCCAUCAACGAUGCGCCCGCCGAACCUCUCGCCAAGAAGUCUCGUCUCGGAGCCGUAGGCCUCAUCUUCGCCUGCGGUGCCGCCCUUUUCUCUGAUGGCUAUGUCAACGCCUCCAGUGGUCCCGCCCUUACCGUCCUCUCCUACGCCUACCCCAACGCGCCCGGCUUCGCGGCGUUCAAAUCUCAAUUCUCUUCCCUCGUCUUUGCGGGUACCGUCUUUGGCAUGCUCCUCUUUGGCUUCUUGGUCGACCGCAUUGGCCGUCGACACGGUAUGUGGUUCGCCUCGCUCUGGCUGACCCUCUGGUCGAUCCUCAUCGCUGGCGCCUGGGGCGCAGGUGGCUCCAUCGGUGGCCUCUUCGCCGCCCUCUCCGCCUACCGCUUCAUCAUGGGUAUCGCCAUCGGCGCCGAGUACCCUGCGGGCUCCGUCGCCGCUUCCGAAAACACCGAGAGCGAGGGCGUCAACAAGGGCCGUCAGCAGAUGUACUUCAUCAUCGCCACCAACACCAUGAUCGACCUCGGUUUCGUCGUCGCCGUCCUCGUCGCCUACAUCCUGCUCCUCAUUUUCGGCAUGAACCACCUUCAAUGGGUCUGGCGCCUCACUCUCGGCCUCGGUGCGCUGCCGCCGUUGAUUGUCUUCUUCUUCCGCACGGGCAUGAAGGAGCCCGAGCACUACCAGAAAAACGCGAUCAGGAAGAACGUCCCCUACUGGCUCAUCUUCAAGCGCUACUGGGUGCGCCUCGUCGCUGUGUGCCUUGCAUGGUUCUGCUAUGAUUAUGUUUCCUAUCCUAGUGGCUCCUACUCGUCCCUGAUCUUCUCCCAGCUGAUCCCAUCCGAGGGGCUGUCCGACUACGAAGUUCUCAAGCGAUCCCUCGCCUACUCCACUGCGCUCAACUGCUUCUACCUGCCCGGCACCAUCAUCGGCGCCUUCGUAUCCGACCGCCUUGGGCCUCGCCACACCAUGAUCGUCGGUCUCCUCUGUCAAGCCGUGCUCGCUUUCGUUAUGGGCGGCGCCUUCGGUACCAUCCGCAACAACUUCGGUGGUCUCGUCACCGUCUACGGCCUCUUCCUCGCCUUUGGUGAGUUUGGCCCUGGUAACAACCUCGGUCUGCUCGCCAGCAAGGCUGUGGGACCAUCAGCCGUCCGCGGACUUAGUUAUGGUUUGUGUGCUGCGAUCGGAAAAGUAGGCGCGUUCAGCGGCAGUUAUGCGUUUCCCGUGAUCCAGGCCGAUCUAGGACCGGAGGACUCGAACAUUUACUACGCCGGAUCGUUCUACAUCGCUGGUGGAUUGGCCAUUUUUUCGGCAGCAAUCACGUUCCUGUUCAUCCCCAACAUCGGGCAGGAUGGCAUGAAGAAGGAGGACGAGGCGUUCCGCCAGUACCUCGCCGACAACGGCUACGACGUGAGCCAGAUGGGUCUGUUGGAGAAGGAUUCCCCGUCGAGCUUCGAACAGGGCGCCGCGAGGACCGAGUCCAACACCGGUUCGGUAGGCGAUAAGAAGGAUGGGAGUGAGACAGUCGUCUCGUCUACCGCUGUCAAUUGA